AUGAAUCAAAAAAAUAAUUCAAUAUUGUUAAUAUUGGGGACUAUUUUUAUAAUUUUUAAUAUUAAUAUAAAUUAUGUGAAUUCAACACCAUCAACUUAUAAACCAGUUAUUUUAAUGCAUGGUUUUGCAUUAAGCAAUAAAUGUGGUACUUAUCAAGAUUGGAACCAUUAUUUAGAAUUUAUUAAAAAAUAUAACCCAGGCCAAAUUGCUGUUUCUUUAAAUGUUGAUAAUGGAUUUAAAUCAGCCAAAACAAUGUUUAAGCAAGUUAAUGAUGUUUAUCAAGCUAUUAACGACAUCGUUCAACAUAAUAAUGCUUUCGAUAAUGGGUUCCAUGUUAUCGGUCAUUCACAAGGUGCAUUAACUUUAAGAUCAAUUACCGAAAUCUAUGGUUUAAAUAUUGAUAAUUUCGUAUCUUUAGCUGGUGUUCAUAUGGGAAUUUAUGGUGUAGGAUUUACAAAUAACUAUUGGUUUGGUAAUUUUACAGAUAAGGAAUUAACCAACCUUUUAUACACAAAGACAUUCCAAAAGGAUUUCUCAGUUGCCAAUUGGUGGACCGAUAUUGACCACGAAAGAUAUCUUCGUGAUAACAUGUUUUUACCAAUUAUCAAUCAAGAGUUAGAAGAAAAGAUCCCAAAUUACAAAGAAAAUUUCAUUAAUAGUAUUUCAGGUUCAUUCAAUGCUUUUGGUUCACCACAAGAUGGUAUUGUAGUACCAUGGAUUUCAGAAUUAUUUGGUUCUUAUGAUUCAAAUUUAAAUAUGGUUCCAAUGGAAGAAUCAAUUGUUUUUAAAAAUGAUACUUUUGGAUUACAAACUUUAGCCAAUCAAGGUAAAUUAAAUUUAACAACUGUCGAAGGUGUUAAGCAUGCUGAAUGGCUUUCAAGAGAGGAUUUAUUCGUUAAAUAUGUAUUACCAUUAAUUUCCAAAUAA